UCAUCACCCUUCAACGUCCAUGGCGGCCGCUGCGUCUGCAGCCGACGCUGCAUCGGCCCUGCCGCCGCUGCCGUCGCUGCUCGCCGCGCUGGCGCUGGCGUGGUACGCGGCCAUCUGGUGCAUCUCGCUGCUCGGCCUGCACACGGCGCGCCGCCUCUACAGCCCGCCGAUUCCUGCCUCGCCGCUCUCGUCGCUGGCAGACGACGUGCAGCGCGCUGCAGCGAACGGCACUCCAGCGCAGACUUGCGGCGCAUCGGCCAGCCCCAGCGCGCCCGGCGUCUCGAUUCUGCGCCCGCUCGCCGGCCUCGACCACAACCUGCUCGGCAACCUGUGCGCCGCCUUCGAGCAGCGCUACCCGCGCGACUCGUUCGAGAUCAUCCUCAGCGUGCGCGACGAGCACGACCAGGCGCUCGCGGUGGCGCGUGAUGUGGCGGCGCGCUAUCCGGAGGUGAAGAGCAGGAUCGUCGUCGGCGACGAAACCGCGGGCGUGAACCCCAAGAUCAACAACCUCGUUGUGCCCUACUCGCUGGCCGCCUUCGACAUCCUCUGGGUCCUCGACGCGCAGUGUUCGCUCUCGCCGACGGCGCUGGGCCGUGCUGUCGAUGCACUCGUGCGCUCUCCGCCAGCCGUGCCGAGUCCGCGCUUCCUGCGUCGCCUUCCGCUCUUCGGCGGUGCGACCUACGCACGCGGCAGCACCGCGCGUGUCGGGCUGGUGCACCAUGUGCCGCUUGCUGUCUCGCCAUCAGCCAAUCUCGGCUCGCAGGUGGAGCGGGCCUUCCUCAGCACCAACCACGCCAAGAUGUACCUGGCGAUCAACACGCUGAGCGUCGACUCGUGCGUGAUGGGCAAGUCGAACCUGUUUUGCAAGUCGGAUCUGGCGCGCGUGCCCGACGCCUUCUUUGGCGUCGACGAGCAGGGCACGAGCGGCGAGGCGGGCGCCAUUGGCAGCAGUGCCUUUGCCGCGACCGCCUCGACGGAGGGCGUGGCGAGCGGCGCCGCACGGCCACUGGCGCGCUUCUCCAUCUACCUGGCAGAGGACAACAUGCUGGCGCUCUCGCUCAUGCGGCCACCGCUCGGCCUGCAUCACGCGCUGGCGCCCGGCGAUGCAGUGCACACGUCGGUCGGCGGCAUCUCGUCGCUGCGCGCCUACGCCUCGCGGCGCAUGCGCUGGAUCCGCGUGCGCAAGCGCAUGGUCCUUGCCGCCACACUGCUGGAGCCCAUCACCGAGAGCAUCGUCGCCGGCCUGCUCGCCGCUUGGGGCCUGCGGCGGCUUGUGCUGGCGCCGCGCGAGCUCGGCGGCACCGCGGAGGCGUGCGCUCUGGCCGCCUUUCUUGCAGCGCACCACGUGCUCUGGUACAACGUCGACUACGGCGUCAUGCUUGCGCUGCGAGCCGGCACGCCGUUACCGCCCAGCGAGCGCGGCGUGUUCCGCAUUGCGUACGCCGUGCGCGAGCUGCUGGCGCUGCCGAUCUGGGUCGGCGCGAUGUGCGGCAACACAGUCACCUGGCGCGAGCAGCGCUUCCGCAUCCUGCCGUCCGGUCGAGCAGCGCAUGCCGAGCCAGCAGCGCGGUGGCGGCGCGGCGGCUAUGAGCGGAUACGAGGCGAGGAAGAUGAGCGAGCUGCAUGAGCCCAAUGCAUACAUUAUACCGCUCUGCUUGCGUGGCGGCAUCGUGUGACAGCAUGAUCCCAUUCGCUGCGAGUGUGCACGUAUGUGCAGCUGUCGCAUCCCUCCUCGUGACUCCCUCUCUGGCCCUCGAUGCCAUCUCCCGUCAACCUGGUCGAAGCUGCGCUGGCAGCUGCCUGACCAUCCUCCCAUCGACCCCAACCGCUCCUUCCAUCCCCCUCUCGAUC